CACAAAAAUAUACUUGCAUUUCCCGACUGAGUCCAACUAAUCUAUCUUUCCUGUCAUUUAAGUAGCAGUCAUGCAUGCAUUAAUGUAGAAUGAACCAUCAAACCUCCUUCCCCCUCCCACCACCCCCGAGGAAAAAAGAAAAACUUCCCUUCCCGCCCCAUCAGCGGAGCGCAUGCGGAAGUCCGGCACUGCAGAGUACUGACCCAAUCUCAGCUCCUACUAACUACUAAUGUAAGCCAAUUGCACUGAUAUUUAACACAAAAUUACAGCGACUGAAAUCAGCAAUAACAGCAGCAGAGGAAAUAGUAGUAGCAAACCUUUCUACCACACCGUACCUCCCUCAGACCCUUCAAGACAAGCUAAUCGUCUUCCUAUCAAGGUUUUGAAAAUGCUUACGGCUCGCACCGGACACAUUUUGCAUCCUGAGUACUUACAGCCUUUACCAUCUACGCCCGUAAGUCCCAUCGAGCUCGAUGCGAAGAAGAGUCCUUUGGCACUUUUGGCUCAAACAUGUUCUCAGAUUGGGAAGCCGGAUCCCCCUCCAUCCUCAAAGCUAACAUCUGUUACAUCAAAUGGUACAAGUGAUAAAGACUCCGGAAAACCUGCUCCAUUGAAACUUAGUGACAUUGGUGUAGAAGACAAGUCGAGUUUUAAACCAUAUUCCAAACACACAGAGAAGAAGGAUUCCAGUUCCUCGGGCUCUUCCAGCGUUUCUGGGGAAAAGUCUGGUUUCCGUGUGCCUAGCGCCACCUGCCAACCAUUCACACCAAGGACAGGCAGUCCAAAUUCCAGCACUUCUUCACCGAUGCCAUCCGAGGGCAAAGGCAGCGACAGUCAGGAAAAGAAAGACAUUGACACCGUAAAAAACAGCUCCACCGACAAUUCCACGACCACCAGCGUCAGCCACAACCGGAUUAGUGUCAGUUGUGCUGGGAUAAACGUGGAGGUGAACCAACACCAGGAGACUUCCGUUUCAAAACCCAUUAUUUCGGAAACUUCAGCUCUGAGUUCUGGACUUGUUGCCCCUGUUUCGCCGUAUAAACCCGGACAGACUGUCUUUCCUUUGCCUCCAGCUAGCAUGACCUAUCCAGGAACUCUUGGGGCCUACGCCGGCUAUCCACAUCAGUUUGUACCACAUGGCGUCAGCUUGGAUCAUGCCAAAUCCAGUCUGGUCGGAGCGGCUCAGCUGGCUAGUUCUUUAGGUUGUGGCCUCUCCAGUAAAUCCACUGGUUCCAGCCCAUUAGCCGGUGCCUCUCCACCCUCAAUGAUGACAGCCAGUCUUUGCAGAGAUCCAUACUGUCUGAGUUAUCACUGCGCUGCUCACCUUGCCGGGGCAGCCAACAAUUCUUGCACCCAUGAUCCUACAGCUUUGAAGUCUGGAUACCCUCUGGUUUAUCCCUCGCACCCUCUACAUGCCGUUCACACGUCCAUGUCCAGCAAUGCUGGAACGCCAACCCUGGCAGGACAUCAUUUGUACCCUUAUGGCUUCAUGCUACCUAACGACCCCCAGCCUCACGUCUGUAAUUGGGUCUCGGCCAAUGGACCAUGCGACAAGCGAUUUUGCACCUCAGAGGAACUGCUCAACCACUUGCGGACGCACACUGCUUUCUCCGGGACUGAUAAGCUCAUGGCCGGUUACCAAAAUUCGUCUCUGGGCAGUGCGGCGGCGGCGGCAGCUGCAGCAGCCGUGGCGUGUCACAUGCACCUCCCACCGACAGGGGCGCCUGGGAGCCCUGGUGGUCUUACACUAAGGAGCCCCCACGCUUUAGGACUCAGCAGCAGGUACCACCCGUACACCAAGAGCCCCCUGCCGACCCAUGGAGCUCCAGGGCCGGUCACCACUCUACCAGUGCCGGCAACAGGACACUAUUAUUCUCCAUACGCACUCUAUGGCCAGAGGUUAACCACAGCUUCAGCACUGGGUUAUCAGUGAGCACAGACAUUCAAAGCUGCAAUAUGCAUUGCGAAUGAAGGCUUAUGUGGGUCCAAUUCAAAACCAUCAGGAAAAAGUUUUUUUUUAAUGUUGACCUAAUUUCCUUCUGUUAAAAUAAUCUGAUUUUUUAACGUCGUGAAACCAGGUAUCUCAAAGGUGAACCGAUUAACGUACACGUAAAGAUUUCAUCCCAUUGAAUUGUUUUGAAAGUUAAGAAAUGUAAAUAGGUUUUUUCUUUGAAAGUUUUGAAAUGCAAUCCAGGUAGCCCUACACAAAGCAGAUUGCAGUUUAAUGGACCUUUGAUGGUGUUCAUCAAUGGACGGGUUCCGUGAACGCUGUAUUUAUUUAUGUUAGCUUCAAGCGGGGGAAAACAUAACAAAGUGCAUUACUUAACAAAAAAAAACUGAUAGGUAACGUGGAACACAGUGUAGAAAAAAUAGGGAUUUUUCCGAAGUUUCUUUUAAAUUGCUAUGAUUGUAUUGUACGUUCUUAUUUAAUGUCUCUUGGAAAAGAAUUUACAUGCAUGUUUGUUACUAAAUUCCAACUUGUCAUUAUAAUUUCAAAUUGCAAUUAUUUUUAAGGUGUACCAUGGAAAGAGAAUUGGUAUUUUUUGUAUGUAUUCUGGAAAUAAGAAGCAGUGCUAUUCAAAAAUAUGACCGUCUUAUUUUGUUAUUAAAUGAAUACUUGAUUACAAA